ACGUGGGCCCUCCCGGUUCCGGCGCGAUACAGGCCCACGGUGGUGAACAGUCUCCGGCACCAUGUCUGGCUUGUCUGGUCCACAAGCCCUGCGUGGCCCUUGCCCGCUAGCGUUGCUGCUUUUACUCCUGCUCGGCCCCAGCUCCGUCCUCACGAUCUCCUUCCAUCUGCCCGUUAAUUCCCGCAAGUGCCUCCGCGAGGAGAUCCACAAGGACCUGCUGGUGACGGGCGCGUACGAGAUCACCGACCAGUCUGGGGGCGCUGGCGGCCCGCGCACCCACCUCAAGAUAACAGAUUCUGCUGGCCAUAUUCUGUACUCCAAGGAGGACGCAACCAAGGGGAAGUUUGCCUUUACCACUGAAGAUUAUGACAUGUUUGAAGUGUGUUUUGAGAGCAAGGGAACAGGGCGGAUACCUGACCAACUCGUGAUCCUAGACAUGAAGCAUGGAGUGGAGGCAAAAAAUUAUGAAGAGAUUGCAAAAGUUGAGAAGCUCAAACCUUUGGAGGUGGAGCUACGACGCCUAGAAGACCUUUCAGAGUCUAUUGUUAAUGAUUUUGCCUAUAUGAAGAAGCGAGAGGAAGAGAUGCGUGAUACCAAUGAAUCCACAAACACUCGGGUCCUGUACUUCAGCAUCUUUUCAAUGUUCUGCCUCAUUGGACUAGCCACCUGGCAGGUCUUCUACCUGCGUCGUUUCUUCAAAGCCAAGAAGUUGAUUGAGUAAUAAAGCCCAGCCUCCUCCCACUUGUAUCUUAGCCAGCAGAACAUCGCUGGUAUGUGCCUGGCUUAAGGCAUCCUACCAACAGCACCAUCAAGGCACGUUGGAGCUUUCUUGCCAGAACUGGUCUCUUUUGGUGUGGGAGGAUGUGGGUGGAUGUGGGUUACCACCUACACCCAACAUGUUGAAGAUGGACUUUUUUUUAACUUGGUAGGAUUUGGACUGGUUUUGCAACAGUAGGACUAUUACUAGCGUCACCUACGACAAAAAAUAGGGGUUACCUAGAUAAUGCCAAAGCCAGCAUGUGUACUGGGUUUCCUCAAAUGAUCUGUGUAAACCAUGUUUUCUUUCCUUCUCCCACUUACUCACCAGCUUGGGCUUCCACUCUAGUUCCUUUACCAAGAUUUGUGUGACCAUGUUGAACUUGUUUCAUUCUGAUUGUCCUCUUUGGGUUUCUCUGUGGCAACCUUUAACUUUCUCUUGACUCUUAGCUGAAAUGUUUAGGUAGCUUCUGGUGAUACCCUUUUCAUCAUUUUAUGUCUCUUAUAAAGGGUGAUGGAUGUGACAUCUGAUAGAAAUGAGCUUUGAACUGUAGAUAACUCUUAAAGAAAAUUACAUUUUAGAGAAUUAAAAUAUUUGUGCUCAACUGCUUGACCUUUUUCCUUUUUGUGUAUUGAUGUGUGUUUAGUCCCAUGCAGCUUUAUCACAUGUGUAGAUUCAUGUGACCACAGGAUGCAGAACUGCUCCAUCACAUCUCUUUUGCUACCCUUUUAUACUCACAGUCACCUCCUUGCUUACCUUCAAGCCCCAACCUCUGGUAGCCACUGAUCUAUUCACCGUCUCUCUAAUUUUGUCCUUUCAGCAAUGUGAUAUAAAUGGAAUCAUAAAGAAUGUAACUUUUUGGGAUUGACUUUUUUCACUCAGCAUAAUGCUUUAGAAAUCCAUCCAGGUUGGUGCAUAUGUCAAUAGUUUUUUCCUCUUUCUUGCUCAGUAAUAUUUCAUGGUGUGGAUGUACCACAGUUUGGCUAUUCAUCCAUUGAAGGACAUCGGGUUCGUUUUCAGUUUGGGGUCAUGAUUAAUACAGCUGCUGUGAACAUUCAUGUGCAGGUCUUUAUGUGAACAUGAAUUUUCAUUUCUUUGAGCUAAGUCCCCAAGAGAGCAGUUGCUGGGUUGUAUGGGAAACACAUGUUUAUUUUUGUAAGAAACCGUCCUGCUCUUUUUUCAGUGACUCUUGUUUUGCAUCCCCACCAGCCAUCUGUGUCCAAUCCAUUUUCUCCACAUCUUCAUCAGUAUUUGCUAAAUUAUUGUUUUUUAUUUUUUAGUCAUUUUGAGAGAUGAGUGUAAUGAUACUUCAUUGUGCUUUUAAUUUGCAUUUUCCUAAUAGCUAAUGAUGUUGAAUAUCUUUUCAUGUGUUUAUUUGCCAUCUGUAUAUCUUCCUCAAUGAAAUAUCUGUUCCUUUGCCCAUUUUAUGAUUAGAUGGUAUGUGUUCAUUUUAUUAUUGAGGGUUUUUUUUUAAAUUGACAUAUAGUUGAUUUAUACUAUUGUGUUCGAGAAGUCCUUAUAUGUCCUAGAUAUAAGUCAUUUGUCAAUGUGGUUGCUUAAAUUUUUAACAUAUACAGAAGAAAAAAUAAGUAAAAUUUACCAAGUCUUACAUGGCAAGUCACUGACUUAACUUCUAUUCUUACGUGUUCCAUCUAGAGAAUUAAGAUAUUAAAAAAUAACACAUGUGGAAGGAUCAUGAAUAGAGUAAAUACUUGAAAAUACACGUUGUAAAAACAAAGCUAAGAAUCGCUGUGGGAAUAAGAUGCCUAAAGGCCAAUACUAAUGUAAAUAUUAGUAAAUGACCAUGUUCAUAAACAAUUGUGAAAAAUACAUCACUUGAAAUUUUCCCCACUUCUCCCAGUAAAGUGGGUGGGAGUUUGUCCUUUCUGUAAUCUCUUUUUUAACCCUGCUGACCAUUAUAGGGCUUGUCUAAUGGCCAUGGCAAGAAUUACAGGACUUAGGCCUUGCAGCUUUCAGAGAAGCAGCAGCAUGUUGGAAUUUAAUAGAGCACACUGCUGUGAUGACCUGGAUAAGGUACAGAGGUUGGGAGGAGGGACCGAGUUAUGUUGUUAAAAUCACAGGCUGUUCUGUUAAUGUUCCAGCUACUGUGAACCCAAAGGCUUCCCCCGCCCCCUUCUUUUGACUCCCUGUAUGAAGUCCUCUGGUGUGGCAUAAAAGUGGUUUCAUUAAUUUGUGCAACAUUGCCAUCUGCUGUUAAGAAAUGAUAGCUACUGCUUCCAAGAACCUGGCCGCCAAAUCCUCACCAUAAAGGGCAGCAGAUGUAUUGAGAGUCUGUCUGUGGUAUUAUAUAUAAUAAACAACAGAGAAUACAUCCAAGUGGGGAAGAGAAUAACCAAAUCUGUGAGUUAAGCUCUGUCUUUAGACACUUAAAGGUGGAAUUCUGUUGUGUAUGGUUAGCCUAACAAGAUACUCUUUCAUAUUUCUGACUGGUGCCUUUCCCCUUUUUAGAAGCAAUGAAAGCUACUCAGUUGGUUAUAAUCUUCUGUUCUGACAAAAUGUCAAAUAAAAAAAAAAUAGAGGAGAGGAGAAUAUUUUAUUUUGCCGAUGUUUUGUUCCCAAGUGUGACUUUGUGAAACAAAUUCUUUCAUGUCCUUUCUUUUACUCAUGCUGAAACUACUAACUUGGACAUUUGUGCUUUUGGUUUACAAUUUCAUUGAUAUUACUCCUUGAUUUUAUCUGGAAAUAAAAUUUUUUUGUCUUUGACAGGACUAGUGUAAGAGCAAAUCAGCUUUGAAAACAAGGAUGUUAUCUGUUUUCCUCUGUUUUUGAACCUGUUAUUUAACACAGUCUGUAAAUUAUUGAUGAGAAUAACACAGUUUAAGUAAACUUUGUUAUACUAUUGUCAUAAACCCCUGUCAUAAGCCAUUUUUCUGUUUGUUUAAUGGAAAGAGGCAUGUGGGAUUUAUACAGAUUGACUUGUAAGUGUUGGAUUGGGGAUUUUUGUGUAAAUUUUCUCAAAUAAAAGCUAGCAGAAACCA